UAUACUUCCAAAGGAAAAUAAGGAUUUACAGAACCGAAAGCACCUGUCUGGCAGCGCCAUUUCCACAGCAACGGGCACCUCAUCACAGGAGCCAUCUAAUAGCCUUCCCUACUACUCACAAAUCAGAUGUGACUAGUACAUUUUCCCUGUCUCCACUCACACCUGGAGACCCAUGUAGAGGCAAGAAGACCCUCUACUGGCAUGCCUACCCUAGCACUUCACAAAGGCAUCUGACUGCACAAGACAGACUGGUCUCUUCAGAAUAUGAAGUUCAGGAUGGCAAGUCUGGACUUGUCCUGAGGUUCUCUUUCAUAGAAGAUGCAAGUCGAAACUCGGUAAGCCUGGAGUGAAGCAAGCCCCGUGCCUUGUGCCUUGGAAAGAAACAUUCAGAUUCAGCCUUCAGAGAUGGUGACGUCAUUGGAAAACUUAAAGUCGGACUGAAUGAAUUUACCCCUUGAGAGUCGGGCAUCAAAUUGCAUGUAGCAUUUGGGGACAAAGGAACCAGGGCGUGAGCGUACAUCCGCGGGCACACACACAAACAUACGCAGGUAAGUCAGAGCCUUCUACGACGAGUUGCUCGCAGGGCGGAGUGGUGGACUGUACCAUUUCAGACCGUAAGGGAGCGCGCGCUCUAGCUGGGCAGAAACUAAGCCUGCAACAACCGCACAGCUGAAGUCUGAAGAAACAACGGAUUUACUUCUGAGGAAAUGUGCCAAGGGAAACGUAUGAAGUAGCGCUGACAGAGACAGGUCUUCCUUCACGCAGGGCCCUUUUCACAGCCGCGCUCAGAACCACCGUCCGACAGAAGCGGAAGCAGAAGCAGAAGCCAGAAUUCUACGCCGCGUCCCGCGCGCGGGCCCGAGCGGUUCUCAAAACAGACCGAAGGGGAGGAAUUCCAGCGUUCCUCGCGGAGUUCGGCAAGCGGGCGCCGGCAUUGCAGAGCGCAUGCGCCCCCCUCAGUUGGCUGGUUGUUCCCUCAGCUACCAAGCGAGGGCGCUACAGUAGAGCUGCUGAGCACUAAAGCCGGGCCGGCGAGGCGCGAGCCGAUUAAAUUCCGCGGCUGAGGAGAAGUGUGAACAUCCACCCCGCCCUCGCUGUUGUCCUGAAGGGAGGAAAGGCGAUCGGUGAAAGAAAACAGCCCAAGAAGGCGGCGAGCUCCUAGAAAAGGAAAUUGCCCGAGGGGGACGACCGGCAGGAAAAGAGGAAACCACCGCCUGGGUCGUGAAUCCUAGCAGGGCUGGUGUCCGGCGUGCACAAGAGGACGCACCGGCCAGCAGAUGCUGCCGCCAGCUCGUGAGCGUUCGCCGUAGAGGUUCCGCUGGGUCGAGCAUGGAUCGAAGCGGAGACCGCGAUCGGGCGAAUCAGCUGACCAGCGCUGCUGCCCGCGGGGAUCUGGAGUCGGUCGGGAGGCUGCUGGAGAGCGGGGCAGACCCCAACGCCACCAACGCCUUCGGCCGGAGCCCGAUCCAGGUUAUGAUGAUGGGAAGUUCUAAAAUGGCGGAGUUGCUGCUGCAGAGAGGAGCAGAUCCCAACCGGCCAGACCCCUCCACAGGUGCAACGCCAGCACAUGACGUGGCCUGGGGGGGAUUCCUGGACACUUUGAAGAUCUUGUACCAGUGGGGGGCUCGCUUUGAUCAAGUGGACAAAUGGGGCCGCUGCCCACUAGACCUGGCAAAAGAGAAUGGGCAAAAUCACGUGGUUGAUUACUUACAAGAAUUAUCUGGUUGAAAUGUUUCAACGGAGUACAUGAAGAAUCAGUGUAAAGAAUGGGGCGGGAAAUGCCCCUGAAAAGGAAUACAAAGAACAGCAAUAAAGACUAUGCUGGUCUGAAAUUGUUGGACAGGCCUGGUACAACAUUAAUGCUAGAUCUCCUUUUUUCUCAAGACUUGUGGAAAGACUAGAAUGCACAAGCUCUUUCAGACUGAAACUGGGGUUUUCUAUUUUUUCAUGCUACCCUCAUAAAAAACGCUGCCUGCACAUAGAGAAUUGGUCAGUUGGGACAGUUGUGUGCUCUCUCUUCCGUUUUGCCAGUCUUAUACUGUAUGUGCUAGGAGUUUCUCCCCACCCCCCAAACGGAGCUGUGACUCACCAU